CCAAACUCCAAUGACUAUUUUAUCCUCCAUCCUUUCUUUCCAUGCAUUUGUAUAAUUUUUCUUCUUUCUAUAUAUAUUAACUUAUUAACUAAAAGGUUCACAAACAAAUUCUAAAUCAUCAAUCUCCGUUGAAAACAAUACCGUUUGCAGCCGAAAAAAUGGUAGUUGCAGGGCCAGGUUAUGGUGGUGGCGCCAUGUCAAACUCCAAGAGCUUAGCUGUUCAGAUUCUAAAGGGCCCAUGGCUCAUGGUUUUCGGCUCACUGUUGAUCAUGUCUGCCGCUGGUGCAACCUACAUGUUUAGUCUAUACUCCGGCGACAUUAAAGAAUCGCUCGGCUAUGACCAAACCACCCUAAAUUAUCUCAGUUUCUUCAAGGAUUUAGGCACCAACGUUGGGGUCCUUUCGGGUCUCAUAGCCGAGGUAACACCCCCAUGGUUCGUGUUAUCUGUUGGUGCAGGCCUUAACUUCUUUGGGUACUUUAUGAUUUGGUUGGCCGUCACCAAAAGGAUCCCCACCAAAGUGUGGCAAAUGUGUUUGUAUAUUUGCAUAGGUGCCAAUUCUCAGUCUUUUGCCAACACUGGUUCUCUCGUUGUUUGCGUCAAAAACUUCCCUGAAAGCCGAGGCGUUGUGCUGGGGAUUCUUAAGGGUUAUGUUGGUCUGAGCGGUGCAAUCAUAACUCAGUUGUACCAUGCUUUCUAUGGUGAUGAUUCAAAGGCUUUGAUCUUGCUUAUUGGUUGGUUACCAGCUGCUAUCUCGCUUUGUUUUGUGAGAACAAUUAGGAUCAUGAAGGUGGCUCAUCAAACUAAUGAGCUUAAAGUUUUUUACAAGUUUCUGUAUAUCUCUCUUGGCCUUGCUUCUUUUUUGAUGGUGAUCAUCAUUGUGGAGAAGAAACUUGUAUUCACUCAACCUGAAUAUGGUGGUAGUGCUGCCAUGGUUCUUUUCUUGCUGUUUUUACCACUUGGUGUUGUGAUUAUAGAAGAAUACAAGCUUUGGGAGGCUAGGAACAAGGCCUUGAAUGAUCCCAAUUCUCCAUUGAAAAUUGUCACCGAGAAGCCGAGUUCCGAGCUGUCCCAGGACAUCAACGCCGACACUCCCUCGGCAUCAAGCACCGCAAAGAUGUUGACCGGAAACGAGCCGACCAACAACAAUCAAACCAACGUUUCGUGCUGGAAAACAGCAUUCAAGCCACCAAACAGGGGGGAAGACUACACAAUUUUGCAAGCACUUUUCAGCCUUGACAUGUUUGUUCUUUUCUUAGCCUCAAUUUGUGGUGUUGGUGGCACUUUAACAGCCAUUGACAAUCUGGGGCAAAUCGGAACCUCCUUGGGGUACCCUAAAAGAAGCAUAAGCACAUUCGUUUCACUUGUGAGCAUAUGGAAUUACCUUGGCAGAGUUACAUCAGGUUUUGUAUCAGAAAUUUUCUUGACCAAGUACAGGUUCCCAAGGCCAUUGAUGUUAACCUUGAUUAUGCUUCUGUCAUGUGUUGGUCACCUUUUGAUUGCCUUCAAUGUCCCCGGUGGCCUUUAUAUUGCAUCAGUCAUCAUUGGUUUCUGCUUUGGGGCUCAAUGGCCGUUGCUUUUUGCUAUAAUUUCUGAAAUCUUUGGCCUCAAAUACUAUUCAACUUUGUACAAUUUUGGGUCAGUUGCCAGCCCCAUUGGCUCCUACAUACUCAAUGUGAAAGUGGCUGGGAAUUUGUAUGAUAGAGAGGCUAAGAAGCAAAUGGCAGCUUUAGGAAUUAGGAGGCAAGCUGGUGAGGACCUGGAUUGCAAUGGGGUUGACUGUUUCAAAUUGUCUUUCAUUAUAAUUACAGCUGCUACCUUGUUUGGCACUGUUGUGUCAUUUAUUUUGGCACUUAGGACUAGACAAUUUUAUAAGAGUGAUAUUUACAAGAAGUUCCGGGAAGACGUAAAAGCAGCGGAGGCAGAGAUGGCGGUGGCCGGAGACACGACUUUGUUGCCGGAGGUGAAGUCUUCCGGUAACGGCAAGACAGGGUAGGGUUGCUUUUCACUAUUUGUAAAAUUCUAACAAGUGGGGUAAGAUAUAGGUAAAAUUUAAUAUGGGAGGUUUUGUUUGUAUUUCUUUUAUAAUUUUUAUGGGUGUUUGUGUUAAAAAAGAAGGACUUGGGGUGAUUUCACAAAAUUUACAGGGGCUUUUAAAUAAUAAAAAAAUAAGGCAACUUGGCAA